CAAUCCAUGUUGGGUUUAUAAGAGUCAUAUGGAAGGUGAUACGAGGGUUGGAAAGUAGGGAAAGUGGGACAGCACAGGGGUCGCAAGGUGUUGUGCACGCGCCUCGGCAUCGGGGAUUUGUCGCUUACAUCUAGAUGUCUUGACGACGCGAAGUUAAUCGCGUGCGUCCAGUAGCGCCACGCGCCGCAGUGUGCCAGUAUUGAAUAUACCUCAGUCAUGCCAAAUUUGGGAAGCGGGGUGGAGGAAAUGGCAUUUCAGCUCUUUAGGCGUAUCAGACCGAGCUAGGCGCUGCUGCUGGUGGUGAUGACGCCUUAUCAGUAAUAAAGGAGGAUAGCCGAUGAUGGUGCAUUCAUGUGUUUUUGGGGCAUGGCAAACGGUACCGGCAGCAUCAUGUUAAAAUGCGUGGUUGUCGGCGACGGCGCCGUUGGAAAAACUUGUCUGUUGAUGAGCUACGCCAACGACGCCUUUCCAGAGGAAUAUGUGCCUACCGUGUUUGAUCAUUAUGCAGUGAGUGUUACGGUUGGGGGGAAACAAUACCUGGUGGGGCUGUAUGACACUGCGGGUCAGGAGGACUAUGAUCGCCUACGACCCCUGUCCUACCCCAUGACGGAUGUCUUCCUCAUUUGCUUCUCGGUGGUGAAUCCAGCCAGCUUCCAGAAUGUAAGAGAGGAAUGGGUCCCUGAACUCCAGGAAUAUGCACCCAAUGUCCCUUACCUGCUCAUUGGCACUCAGAUUGACCUGCGGGAUGAUCCCAAGACUAUUGCCAAGCUGAAUGAUGUGAAGGAAAAGCCCAUUGUGACAGAACAAGGCCAAAAGCUAGCAAAGGAGAUUGGUGCAUGCUGUUAUGUCGAAUGCUCUGCGCUGACGCAGAAAGGCUUGAAAACUGUGUUUGAUGAGGCCAUUAUAGCCAUACUGGCUCCUAAGAAAGGCGUUCUCAAGCGAAGACUGGGCCCCCGCUGCAUCAACUGCUGUCUGAUCACAUGAGGUGGACUGACAGAACAGCUCAGAAGACGAUAAACAGGAACUCAACAAUUGACGGUGAUGCCAUGAUGAACUGACAACCAGAGAACAACCAAUAUCACUGGAUGCAAUCGUCUACAAAUAGUGUUAACAAUUGAGGCUCAUAGUUCAAGUUGGGAGAUUGAGAAGAGCAUUAUUCAAAAAUAAAUGUUCUUCAAGGAUAAUUGACACAAACACUAAACAAUGAGGUGGGCUACAAGGAAAAUGGUUGGAGAUUCUAAAUUAUUGAAUUGACAAGCACAGAGAAUAGAAAAUGAAAGAUGUACAGUAGACUAAAAACAAUCUGUUUCCAUGUCUGGCUCUGUGAGCACAAGUUCACUUUUAGGGUUGAAACGCAGACAGCCUCAACAGCACAACCAAACCCUUGUGUCAUUUACAGAA